UCCAGUCAUGUUCCGGCGUGCUAUCAGUUGCUGUCGGAGUUACGGAUGCCAUCACGUGACAAAUUAUCACGUGACAAACUCUGCUCAAGUUAACAAGCGAAGUUACAUCAUCAACCAGUGGUCACAGAUGGGGUUACACCCCGCUUUAGAACAGAGAUUAUAUGACGUUAACUUUAAACAACCUACCCCCAUUCAAGCCAGGAGUAUCCCGUAUAUUCUAGAUGGUAGACAUACAGUGUGUCAUGCUGAGACCGGCACUGGCAAGACGUUCUGUUAUCUUAUACCUCUGGUUAACAAGCUACUCUGUGAGGGUGACACUAGUUCUACAGACCAGGCUAAGGUUCAGUAUCUUGUGUUUGCUCCUACUCCCGAGCUAGGAUUACAGAUAUCCCAGAUGUUCGACAUGAUCCGUCCACCAGAACUAGGGAAGAUAACACCUCACCUGUGGGAAGGUGUCGAGAAAGGACGGAGCUACAUUGACAAAACCUCACCUCUAAUCAUCACUACAUUCUCUAAACUUAGAAAUUAUAAUUACUACCAGCUGUUUGGGCACGUGCCAACCAUAAUUCUGGACGAAGCCGAUGUUUAUCAUACUGGUCGAUUGAAGAAUGUUACAUACAGAAUCCUUGGAGAAUUGGUCGAUCCAUUCAAGUAUUUUAAGGUUUCAAAGCAGCUUCCGAAACCCAAACAACUGGUUUAUGUCGCGGCUACUCUCAACAAAUUUGAGAAAGAAGGUAGUGGCAACAAUCUAAGGCGUUGGUUAGAGUUUCAUGAAUUGUCACCAGUAAUGGCUAAAAGCGAGGGAGUACACGCCACCCCUGAAUCUCUUGAAACACACUGGAGGCGAGUUGAAGACGAGGAUUUUACCCGGGAUUUGAUUGACGUGAUAGAAAGUGUAUACUGUGAAGAAGAGCUACAAUUACAGGACUCCGUUCCAGAGGACUACGUUCAACAAGGAGACUUGGGGGUCAGAGUCAGGAUAUCUCGAUACACAUCCCUGAAGAUUUGGCUCCAAUACAGGAGGAGGUGUUGCACCCUGACCGUAAGGUUCUGAUAUUCAUGAACAGCGCGGAGUCAGUCAAUGUGCUGUAUAGGAAUCUUAUAAACUACAUGAAACAGUCGCCCUGCAAAUCAGUGAGGGACCUCGCCAGGAAGGUGUACCGUCUAUCUGGUUCACUCACCAGAGAGGAACGAGCAGCUGUGAUGAAGAGAAUAGGAAGGGGGAGUGUCAGAAUUCUAAUCGCCUCAGAUGUAGCUUCAAGGGGAAUAGACAUACCUGGUCUUGACGUGGUUAUAAACGGUCAGCUGCCCGUUGACUCUACUGGAUAUCUACACAGAGCAGGACGUACAGCUAGAAUGGGUAAUGCCGGAGUGGUCCUCAACUUCCUGUCAAACUACGAUGUACCGCUGUACAGUGCGAUUACUGAUGCCAUGAAGAAGAAAGUCCCGAACCUUAACGACACAAUGAGGGGCCCUCCCAACCACGAGAAGAGAUACGAACAAUUAGAUACAAACGAUGUGAACAGGAGAAAACAAUCCGUAGACCCAUGGCUGCAUGACAGACCGUCAACUUUUGUGUCCAAACUUUACCGCAGUGAUUUUGAGAUUAAGUGAAAUGUUCUCUACGCGAUAUGAUUUUCAGCCUGAUAAAAUUUCAUACAUCAGAGUGUUUUAGAUUUUGAUAACCUAGGUUUUUGUUACUGAUCAGUGAUCGGGGUUACUAAUCUGUUUAUUUUUAAAGAUUUUUGAUUAAUUUAUUUUUAAAAACUUAAAUGCUCUUAAAAAA